AAAAGAAGAAGAAGGAACACGUGAUUCGCGCUAACUGGAAGUAAGAUGGCGGUGGCGGUGCGGAGCUUGCAAGACCAGCUCGAAAAAGCAAAGGAAAGCCUAAAACAUGUAGACGAUAAUAUUCGUAAAUUAACCGGACGUGAUCCUAAUGAAUCGAGGCCGGGCCAGAUCCGCCGGCUCGGCGGCCCCAUGGCAGGCGUCGGGGGAGGUAGAGGCAGAGGAGUCAACCUGCUCAGGCGCAGUCUCUCAGACAUAGGAAGCGGCGGCCCCCCUGCCAAGCAGAGGGACAUCGAAGGAGCGCUGCUGAGGCUGGCGGGGGACCAGAGGGCCAGGAGAGAUGCGCGUCACGACAGCGACGCCGAGGAUGACGACGAUGUCAAAAAGCCGGCGUUGCAGUCGUCUGUAGUAGCUACCUCCAAGGAGCGAACGCGCCGAGACCUCAUUCAAGAUCAGACCAUGGACGAGAGGGGCAAACAGAGGAAUCGGCGUAUGUUUGGCCUGCUGAUGGGGACCCUGCAAAAAUUCAAACAGGAGUCCAACGUCUCUACAGAAAAGCAAAAGCGACGUACAGAGAUUGAGCAGAAGCUCGAGGUUCAGGCUGAGGCAGAGAGAAAGAAGGUGGAGAAUGAAAAGAGGGAGCUUUUUGAAGAGAGGAGGGCCAAACAGACUGAGCUGAGACUACUGGAACAGAAAGUCGAACUGGCUCAGCUGCAAGAGGAGUGGACCAGCCACAAUAAUCGCCUGGUGAAAUACAUUCGCACUAAGACAAAGCCUCACAUCUUCUAUUUGCCUGGAAAAAUGUGCUCCGCAACACAGAAACUCCUCGAUGACUCCACCAAGAAACUAAAUGCUGUGUUUGACGAGAGGCGUGAGGCUUUUGCCGAACACCUAAGCAAGAUGGAGUCCCGCCCCCGGCGACAGCCAAACCGCGACCAGGACGGCAACACAGCGGCAACAGGAAUGGACCACCCAGCGGAGGGUAAGCCAGCAGGUCAGGUAGUCAAGGUGACAGGUAACAAGGGGGAUGCAGAGAUGGAGGAAGAGGAGGAGGAAGAUGAGGAGGAAGAGGAGAGGGAAAAGGAGGGGGAGAGAAAGGUGACGGAGAAGGACGAGAGGGAGGAAGAGGAGAUGGGGUUGAAGAAGGCAGAUGAAGAGGAGGAGCAGAUGGAGUUAAUUGAGGAGGGUAGCGAGAAGAAGGAAGGAGGGGAGGGUGUUAAGGGCAGAGAGGAUCAGAGGGAAAAAGGAGACAAGGAGGCAAGUCCAGGGUCAGAAGAGAUGGAGGUUGAGGGGGAGCGCGAGGACAGGAGAAAGGAAGAGGUGGGAGAAAUAAACAGUAGACAAGGGCCCACAGACCUCCAAAAUGAAAAGACCCAAGAAACCCAGUCCUCUGAACCAACCACAGCCAGCCAAGAAGCACCAGACACCAGUCAGCAGCCCCAGCCGAGUCCCGCUGCAGGGGAACCAACAGUGCAGUCCUCUGAGACGCAGGGGGCUUCUCCUACCCCACAACCCCAAACAGCCGCCGCUGUACCUGGGCAGGAUUUCGCCAUCCCCGGCCUUGAGGUCCAGGACUUGGCAGUGGAGAACCAGGCUGUAGAAGGGAAAGCAGGGGGCGAAGCCCCACAAAAACUGCCUGUUUCCCACGAAGCCCCCAGCACUACCCCCGCACUCUCCAAGGAGGAUGAGGACAGUGGGAGAGGGAGGAAGAAGGAAAAGGAGCCAAAGAAGGGUCGUAGUCAUAGCAACAGCUCCUCCUCUUCCUCCUCCGGCUCAUCCUCCAGUGGAAGCUCCUCCUCUUCCUCUGGAUCCAGCCGCUCUUCUUCAUCAUCAUCGUCCUCUUCAUCCUCGUCGUCCAACAGCAGCAGCCGAAGUCGCAGCCGAGAUAGCGGUAAGCGUAAGAGGAGGCCAUCGGAUAGAAGCAGAGACAGGAAGAAAGGAGAAGACAGGAGUCAUCGUAAGAGAGGAGGGAGUAGCGGAGGAGGAAGGGACUCGAAGGGAUCGAAAGAGAGGAGGAAGAGGAGGAGCGAGGAGGGAAGGGGCAGGUCGUCUCGGAGCGAUAGGGAGCAUAAAGAUAGAGACAGGAAGGACAAGAGGCGCUAAUCUGGUUCUCAUUCAGCCUCUGAUAAUUUGGCAACCUCCAGCUAUUUACUUAAUGAAACGAGAUGACAAAAGUUUUAAACUGGUAUUAAAAUGACAGUUUUAACAUAAGAGGAUUUUUCUUGACGGUAUUUAAAGGCAGUAUCUAGACUAAAUUGAAACCAUGGAGGACUGGUCAUUAUUUUCCUCCAACCUUUUCCCUUGGCAAAAUAAAUGUAAACUGGACUUUUCAGUCACAGUGGUGCAUCUCUAAUUGGGCUGCUUACUAAAUAGAUUUGAGGUAGGAGAGACAUCAUUUUAGUCCUGUCAUUUUAAAUCCAGAUGUUUCAUCCUGACAUUUAGGUUUUACGAAGGUCUUUGUGGCGCAAACAAUGAAAAGAUUGUGUUGAAUGUUUUUCAAUUUUUUUUUUUUUUUUUCUUUUUCAUCCCAAUCAUAAAUGCCAUAGGCUGGGAUAUUGACGGUUAUGGUAGCAGUGACCAUUAACAUACAGUAGUUGUGUUUUCAAAUUAAUGUGACAACGCUGAUAAUCCCCAUUUAUCUUCACUAUUUGAUCAAUGUCAAAGCCCUUGUAUCUUCAUCACAUGGGUACAUGUGUGAUCUGCGGAAAUACUCAUUUUUGAAACUGUUUCCUUUUGUUUUUUGUACCAAAUGAUACUCUGCUUCAAAAUAAAGGUGAGGUAGUAGUGGAAAA